CUUAUAUGAUUGGAGAGGGCAGGAACGUCACUGGCGCCCCGCUCCCACCGCUGCUCGCUUCGGCGCCCGGUCUGCCAUGCUUUUGUCUCGGUUCCGGGGUGCCCUCCUGGGGGCGCUGGUCGGGGACUGCAUAGGGGCCGUGUUUGAGACUAGGGAGACGGUAACCGUCCGGUCUGUGCUCAGUUUUUUGCGGGGUCUGGAGAAUAAUUGGAAGAAGCAAGUGCUGAUGUACACGGAUGACACAGCCAUGGCCAGAUCAGUGGUGCAAUCUCUGCUGAAGAAACCUCCGCUUGACGAAAAGGAUCUUGCUGAAAGAUUCACCAUAGAGUACUUCAGUGAUCCAGACCGUGGAUAUGGCAUGGGAGUAGUACAUGUGUUUGAAAAGCUUCAGAGUGGAAAGUACCAGAGCGUCUUCACUCCUGCUAAGGAGCAGUUCAAUGGAAAAGGUUCCUAUGGAAAUGGAGCAGCCAUGAGAGUAGUCGGGAUUCCACUGGCUUUCCCGAAUAUUCAGGAUAUUAUAAAGUAUGCUAAAAUCAGUGGAGAACUGACACAUGCAUCUUCCCUGGGCUACAAUGGGGCCAUCCUUCUGGCCCUUGCUGUGCACUAUGCCCUUCAGGGGGGAAAUCUGAGUCGUGAGUCUUUCCUGGAGCAUCUUCUGAGCAACAUGCAUGAAAUAGAAGGAGAUGAGAAAUCACGGAGUGAUGCUGUGGAACUGGAGUUGGGAGAGUUUCCUUACUGUAACAGACUGAAGAAGAUUAAGGAGUUCUUAGAUAAAGGAAAUGUGUCCCGGUGUGAAGUGGUGGAAGAACUUGGUCAUGGUAUUGCUGCUUUUGAAUCUGUACCCACCGCAAUCUACUCUUUCCUGCGCUGCAUGGACCCAGUUGAUGAUCUUCCCAAAGAGAUGAACAGCUUGCAGCGUACUGUCAUCUUCUGCAUCUUACUAGGUGGAGACACGGAUACUAUUGCUACCAUGGCUGGAGCAAUUGCUGGUGCUUAUCAUGGAGAAGACCAGGUUCCUGAAUUAUGGAGAAAGAGUUCUGAGGGUUAUAAAGAUGCAGAAGAUUGGGGUAAACAACUGUGGGAAUUAUACAGCUCUCGACUCCUUCCUGAAUGACUGAAGGGACUUGUAGAAAUGUCUGCUGCCUCUGAAGACGGGGUCAAAAGCGACAAGAAGAAAGACUGAAGUAAUACUUAUAUUGCAGUGACCGAUACUGUUAAGAAUCAACAAGGAAACAUUUUAGAACCUAUACUUAAAGAGGUAUUCUGGUUUUAAUGAUUACAUUUAAUAAUAGGAUUUUGAAUAAUUUUCUAAUAUACAUCUAUAUAAAAUUUUGCUUGUAGACUGUUAUUAUAUCAAUACAGAAGCUUCUCCCUAAAGAAAAAAAGUGGUACAAGCUGGAUAGGACUAAACAUGGUUAUGUGAGCCAUCAUUUGACUCUCACAAGUAUCAUGUGACCUGGCUUUCAGUUAAAAGGUUUGUCCGCUUUUUACUAUAGAUGACCUAAUCUCAAGAUAGGUCAUCAAUAACAGAUCAGCGAGGGUCUAACUUCCGACACCCCUGUCAAUCAGCUCAUAUGAGCGCUGCCUUCUCUGCUCGGUUUACCUGCUCGCCACAGCAAUUGCAGGGGUAAUUACAAGUAUGAUUCCCCCAUUCACUUCUAUAGGACGGAUCUGUCUGUUCAAGUGAAUACCACAGAGCUGUCCUAUAGAAGUGAAUGGGGAUGCUGAUCGGCAUGGGUGCCAAGUCAGACCAUUGCUGGUGUGAUAUUGGAGACCGAUCCUGAGGAUAGGUCAUCAGUAGUAACCUCUUUAACUGCCCAGGUAUCUAAAAGUGAAUAGUAGUGUAUUGAGGAUAAGAACAUAUACAAUAAGCACAGUAUUACUACCUGCAGCAUCUCAUGUCCGUCAGGGUAAAAACAGAUCUGUGUUUGUUUUUAACACUAAACUUUAUUAACAAGUUGACAAUAUCACCUAGAGACAGGCAGCCAUUUUAAAACAUCACCUAGAGACAGGCAGCCAUGUAAAUACCCACAGUAAUGUAGUUGCUGUAAUAACCACAAUAAAAAUUACUACACUAGUCCUAUUUAAUUAUCACAUGAAUAUAUCCUGUAUGCUCACCCAGCGCACAUAUGCCAUGUAACACUGUUGCUUAUUUACCCACGAUGCUAGGGAGGCUGGUCACCAUCGCAGCCUGCUAUUGGCUGCUCCCUCUGUCGCCGGAUCUUUUGAUAAACACGAUGGGGAGAUGCAGUGGUGGCUGUGCAGGGAUCUAGAGGGACAUGGGUGCCGGGGACUGGGUAAGUAUUGUCUAUAGGAGCGGCCCGGACAUUGUGGGGGUAUUUCUACUAUUGGGACAGCCCCUUUAAUGUCGGGGGUUAUAUAAUGUGAAGGGUGUCUCAUGACGCCAUAUUUCACUUAGGCAAUGAAUACAUUACACAUUAGUGAUACAUUGGUUAUACCAUUCUACUGCAUAUAGGUGUCAAUUGCCUAAUGAAAGAAAGUUAUGUAUACACAAUUUUAUGUAAUAUUAGAAAAUUAUGUAUAUUAGAAAAUUUGUAUAAUUUCCUAUUUUAUAUAAAUAAAUAAAAUUAUAAAAACUGGAAUACCCCUUUAAAGGGGUUGUCUGAGAUUAAGUAAAAAUGGGGUAUAGGCAAGGGCUGGCUAAAAAUUGCAAAAUAAGCAGUACGUGCCUAUUGAAUCAUCCAGCACCCCAGUGCUAUUGUUCGGGUCUUCCCUGUCAGUCGUCUUUAUAGGGCAUUUGAAGACAUUGACUAACUGGAGUUGUCAACAUAACGUCAGCGUUGCAGUCCUGUAACCAAGGACUGCAGAGGUGGACAAUUCAGCAGGUAAGUAGUGCUUAUUUUAUGCUAGCCCCACUUUUUCUUAAUCUCGGACAACCUCUUUAACUGUGUAACCCUAUUGUGCUUUAACUACUGGCAAUAUAGAAUAAGGGUUAACCAUUUUCGAACCAUGACCAUCCUAUGUGUAUUCUAAGCAGUGAUUUGCAUUAAGAAUGGCCUUGUAUCACCACAGAGUGGUGUUCCUCAUGUUUGAGCUCAAUAAACAAUGACUUUUUUUUUCCAAA